AACUAACUAGGUAAAAAAAACAGUAGUGCAAGGUUCACCAACAGCAAACAACAGUGUAGCGGUGCUGUAGUCAAUUGAUUGUUGACUUAAAUACACAUUGAGGAACUGUGAGCACCACACAAUGAACACACAUAAUUAACAUCAGCCCACCACCCAAACCGAGGGCUAAAUAAUAACAAUAACAAACAUAACAUACUGAGAGUUGUGUCUUCCGAACAUCUCCACAUUCACCCACACAGGAACAGGAGUACACCUCCAGUAAUCGAUGCACACACGUGAACACAUUCAUGGGUUUAAAGUGUCUGUGUGGAUAAAACCUCCACACAACCUUUGUCUUUGCGCUACUGUAUUAUUUUAAAUGAUUAGAGUUGUAGAUUCAUUUCCGAAGUAAUUUUCCCAUCUGCAGUUUAUGUUGAACUGCAUUGUAUAGUUAGAUAUUUUUUUUUAAAAGUGUCACAAAACGGAUUUAUGGUACUUAGUACUAGUAAUAAUAGCGCUAUUAAAUUAUGAAUAUAUUGUCAGUUGUUCUUUUUAUGUUCAGUUUCAACAUAGAUGCACAAAUGCAAAGAUUUGGUCAAAUCUGAUGCUACUUGAAAUGUGUCGUCACAGUUUAUGGGUAUAUGUUCAUGUGAAAUUCAUGAAUGUUCAUUUAUGAAUUGCUUAUUUACAUUUUUAUUUCAAUUUCAAAGAGAGCAUUCAGCAAAACAUUUGUAGAAAAUGGCAACAGAUCAGAGUAUGAAAAAACCUGAAUACAAUUUUAGAGUAAUUCAUUAAACAACAUCGCUCACCUUUUUAAAUGAUUUAAAAAAAUAUUUAAAAAUAACAGAAAUUAUUAACUUUGCAACUACUUACAUAACACACAAUUACAUCCAUAACUUGGCCUUUAAUAUAACUCUCACACACACACACACACACACACACACACAGUAAAUUAAAGGGACAGUGCCGCUAAAUAUGUCAUUGUUUUGUUUCUGGUGUCUAUUGACAGAAAGCAGAUUGUUACUCCUCUGUGACUCUUUUUAUUUUCAUAGCUACAUCAAAUUUGUAAAACAAGAUAAUUAGAAGUGUAUUUAAAAAUACAAAUUAUAUAUUUAUAUUAUUAUUGGUUACUAAGAGUCUGAUAUUGGCCUUGAUGGAAAGUCUGACUGAAAAGGGAAUCUCUAGUUGUGAAUGUACAAUUUUUACUGUCUAUAAUAAAAAUAUUUCUCAAGUUAAUCUUUAAAAAAAUAAUGUAAUCAAGAAAUGCAUUUACAAAACAUUAACAUUGUCUCCUCUCCAUGUGAAUGCUCGACGCAAAAUGACUUUGGAUUAUGAUUUUGAACCCGAGGGUGGAACUCUCUUUUGGCGACACUAAUGAUAGAGUUGGCUUCUACCACAUCUGCACACACACACACACACACCUGCGAGGUCUCUUGCUACUUCCUGUGACUGCGUGCAUGGGUUUUGUCUCCCAGUCGUCAUGUCACUGCUUCUCUCCCUUCUCUUUUUCUGUCUCCCCCCCUUCCUCUCUCCUUGUAACUUAACUCUGUCUCCUCUCGUUUUAUGUCUCCUCGCUAACACAGAUUUUUCGAGGCCGGGACUAGAUUUUCCUGUCUUAGCCUCUUCUCUGCGUUAUCUCCAAGUAUAUCUCGACACCCACUCCCCGUUCACUCACUCUCAUGUGUUUCUCCUCCCCCAUACCUCCUUUUUCUUGUGUGAUUUCUAAGAACAUGUGUGUUUUUAGAAAACGUACCUCCCUCAUGUUCCUUUUGUUGUCUCUUUUUCAAAUCUUUUCCUCUUUCCAACCUCAGAUUUAUUUCUUUUCCUGCUCCUGCUCUUUCAUAUUUUCGCAGUGGCAAACCGUGCAGAAAUGUUACAUAUUACACUAAUUUGAGAAAAAAAUAUACAGUGUCUCUUCAGAAUCAAAAAGUUGUCAAGAAGAAAUGGCUUUACAUUGUAUAAAAAUGAUUUAUAAAAUAAUCACUAAUGGAUGCAUCCUGCUUCAAACAUGGAGACUAGUGAGCAACAUCACUCAUGUGUUAAACUUAGUACCAUAUCUUAGUAAAAGAAAACAAUAAAUUAAAGGUUGAUGGUACAGUAUGUAAGGUUGCACAUAGACCAGGGUAAUAUAUCAAUAUAAUCUACAUAUUUUAUUGUAAUAUGAGGCACGGGAUUCUGUGGAGAUUCUCUUACUGGUCCCAAAGGCUUUAUUACAAUAAAAUAUUAUUGUUCUCUGCUGUCAUUCAACCCUUAAAGUUGAGUAGAAUUACUACCAAGUCUUCUUGUGAGAAAACAUCUUUCAUAAAGCCCCGAUAUUAGUCACCAAAAAUAUACUUAGUUGUUAAAUUGAAGGUGUUCAUUUAACAUUAUUAGGGUAAUUGAUACCCUCACAAAGAGUUUAUUUCUUAUUUAUUUAAACUUCAGGUCAGAAGUUGGUGAAUGUUACGGGACAGAGCGUAUAUAUGUGUGCACCCAAAUGUCCGUGUGUGGACAAACUGAUAAUUGUCACUUUGCUGUUCAGGUCUGGCAUGCAAACUGGCUGCUGUUGUAGCUCGCAGUGGAGAGUUUGUGGUGUGUGUGAGGUCGAGGGGAUAAGGGCCUCCGCUCUGCCAGCCAAAUGAAUAAUGUAAUGUGCUCUUGGAACUAAGACCACAAUGUGCGCAUGCGUCCACACACACACACACACACACCAUAUAAUGCCCCAGUUACUGUAAAGACAGAGGGGGGCUUGGUUGCAGGGUCUUCGUGAAUAAAAGACUGAAGUUCUGCUGAGUAACAUCAGCCCACUGGACUCCUUAUUCUAUCUCUCCAUUCCUCUUUAUGUCCCGUCAUGGCAGGCUGCAAUCAUUCUUAUUAUCAUGAUGGUGUCUCAAGUCUGGUCUUUGACAAAUUCAAAUGCAGAUUCAAAUUCUCCCCGGGUGCAUCUGUUUUUAUAUCUCCUGGUGGGAUGCAAAUGUUCAGUCCAGGGGGAACUAUUGGGACGCAGAACGGGUGGAGCUUGUGUUUUAUCUCCUGGCAGAGACAAGCUGUUUUAUUAGAAGACCUGGAUGGGUCAGCUUUGUGUAUAAUGUAGUUUUGUAUUUGUUGCUUAAACGUGGAACGUUUUGCCCGCAGAUAGUCCUGUGAGAGUGCUCUGUCGGGCAGCUUUGGUUUGGCAGAUGCGUGUACUCCCAUCUCUUCUCAUUCCCCCACAUUUCCUCCUCCCCUACUCUUCCUCAGAGAAGGUGUCCCAGCACCACACUCACUACCCCAAAUAAGUGACGUGAGGGUGAAAACGUUCUUUCUUAACCCUUAAAGUUAGUGUGUCACACAGAAGAACAGUGGUGAGAGGAAGACGGUUGAGUGGAGGAGAUACGGUAUGAGCUUGUAUCUUACUUUCCAUGGGUUUGGUCGCUUUCUUGUUUUUCUGGCACAGUGGUAGUUCAGCAACAUCGUUUGUUAUGUUGUGGUUAUGAAUGACUUCUCAAGGAGUGGGUUCUAUCUGAAUGAAAACACUUGUUUCAUUUGCUGUACAGAAUAGACAACUGCUCCUUAUUUGUGAUUUUGCUGUUAUAAAUACAUUCUUUAAUGUUUUUCAGCUCCUGCAAUAUUUAGAAAUGUAUCUCCAUACAGGUAUUUUAUAACAUAACAUGUUGGAUGUAAAAACACAAAAUAUUGUUGCUAAAUUUUGUUACAUGUGCUUUUAAAAUGUUACUCUUUUUACCUUUUUACAUUCAAAUUAAUUCAUGACUUUGUUCAAGCCUAAGAGUUAUCCUUAGACUUUAUUUAAGUACUGAGAAAGCUGCAACACAUGCAACCAACCACACGAGCUCACAUUAACCAACUUACACACACACACACACCGUCACAAACGGGCACUUUGGAAAACAUCUGACAUCAGAAUUCAUAAAGCAUUUCUCCUUCUCCCUCUCUGCCACAGUCUUCUGUGAAUAGUAUAAAGUCAUAUUUUCCCCCUGUAGCGCUGGAGCCUGAUAUAAUUGAGGUGGACUGGGAACACGUACAACCUUCUAACGGAAAAUAAGACCCAUAAAAACAACACUAACGGUUCUAGUUCCAGUCAUCACACACUUGAGUGUGAGCAGAGGGAUUUCAUGAUAUAGACGGUGCAAACCUAUAACCUGCUUUUAUACUGAAGAAUACAUCUUUGUGUGCAGGUUUGGUCAAUCCUGCUGCUCUUAUUUUCCUGGCCUCUAACCAUAUUUGUGUCAAGUGAGUUACUCUGAGGCGUGGAAGUGGACAGUAAUGGUGGAUUUAAGUUUCCAUUUCCCCGUCAGUAAAAAGCAGUCUCCGAUGGAUUCUCUUCUAAAUGUUUCAUUUGAGUUCUCUUACUUUUUACGGUCUAGUCGUACAAUGCACUUCUUUCUUUGGGUUUGUGACACUUGGGCUGACGGUUGGAUAAAGACAAAAUCAUAGAAAAUAUCCAGAUGUUAUUGGCAGUUCUUUAAAUGUAGUUAUUAACGUAUGACAUCCUUGUUGUGAAGAGAGAGGAAGAGUGUGCACAUAAUGAAAGCAAGGGAUGAGGAAACCGUAGAGUUGCAGAGGAGGUGAAUUCCUCCACCGUCGACAAAAAGAGUAGGAGGUGAAAACAAAGAAAGAUGAGACCCAACAGUUGAAAGGAUAAUAUCUUAACAUAUGUAAAAAGUGAUCAAAUGGCAGAUUUAGUUGAGAUAAAAUACUCUCUUGAAGUGAGCUUUUUUUUUUGUGGUUGUGUGUUUUGGAAAGAUGAUCGAUUACUUGAAAUGACACCUAAAGGCGAUAUCAGUUAUUUCACUUUACGGUAGUGAUCCCUUGUUAGUGUGAAUAAACAUAACUGUACAAUUACAGUAAUUAUUUUUAAUGAUCAUAGUUGAAUACCGGCUUGUAAACUUGUAAACUAACAUUACUAACAUUGUCUUAGUUUGAAAGACAAGAUGUCUUUAUGGUAUCUGCCUGUUUUAACAUUAGUUGCUAUAUGUUGGAAAAUUCGGCAACUUAUGCAGACAUGUCCUUGGUUAGCGACAAAAAUACUGUGUGUGUGCGUGUGUGUGUGUGUGUGUGUGUGUGUGUGUGCGUGUGUGUGAGAGAGUGAGUUUUAUGAGUUUUAUCUUGUGUCAGUAUUAAGUGACUCACUGACGGACAGAAAAUUUAUGGGAAUCAUUGCAACUUCUUUGCAAUCUUAUUAUUUUCCGAACACGCCUGUGUUCUAAGGAAUAUGCCUAAAAUAACAAGCUCGAACCACCAACCACCCAUGAUGCUUUUUUUUUUUUUUUUUUUUUUGCUUUUUUUCUCUCUCCCCUGUGCCGGAAAUUUAACGUGCGCUAUUGUGUGCUCCUCCUGAAACCUUUUUGUGUCUCGAUUGUCUGCACUGCUUCGCUUGAGAUUUCUGUUUUUUGUGUUUUAGUGACGUUUCGCUCAUUGAGGGAUUUUAGAAAUUGGGCCAAACGUGAUAUAUCGUGUAUUUACGCACACAAUAAUUACUAUCAACCAUGCUGUUUUCCUGUGGAUGGAUUUAAACAAUGAGUACCAUUGAUGGUGUUCCUUAAAUGAGACAUUCAGGUCUGUUGUCGUGUCUACUUACACUGAGACAGAGUGUACGCACGCACGCAAGGUCAAGGGAUGCUUUUACACUCUGUCCUGCUGAGGCUCAGGUGGUGACCUUCUGCUGGGUCUAUUUCUCCCUUCGAUGCUUCUUUUCCAGCAUGUUAUUAGACAUCUGUGUAUUAUGCAGGGCUGCAACUAACAAUUCAUCUACACAUUCUUUUCUCCGUUAAAUAUUUGUCCAUAAGAUGUCAGAAAAUAGUGAAAAAUGCUCCAUCACAACUUUUUUUUAAGCAUCUUGUUUUGUCCAACCCACCAUCCAAAGUCUAAAGAUAUUCAGUUUACACUCAUAUAAAACAGAAUAAAGCAGAUAAUCCUCUCAUUUGUGAGUGAAUCUGGAACCAGAGAAUUUGUGGAGUCUUUGCUUGAAAAGGGACUUAAAUGAUUGAUCUAUUAGCAUAUUGACUGGUAUAAAUGGGAUGUGGUGUGAAUGCAAAAAGAAAAGAACAGUGUCCGUGUGUGCAAGAGACAAAGCAAACACAUGCCCCUUAACUUCCUCACUCUUCUGUGUCAGCGCCUGCAGCACAUGCCGUCCUUGUUGCCUCAAGCUGUAGAGAUAACUCUUGUGAAACUGCCUUUGGCUUGAAAAAUAACAGUAAAUAUCUGUUAUGGAGAGCGUGGUGUUUUUUUAUUUAUCUAUAAAGAGCACUUGGUGACGUUGAGCAUGCCCAUGUUACAAAGGAAGAGCUUUCUGCACCAGUUUGUCUGUCGUACGACGCAAUAUGGUUUUGCUCUCAUAUUGCACCUACCUGAAUGUUUGUUCCUGGGUGUAAUAUGACUCAUAAUGACAAUAUGAUUUUGGUUCUUACAUGAUUGUUCAACUUUGACGCUCUGUGAGUUGACUGAAGAAAUAUUGGUAUUUCUGAGGUGCUUUGGUUGCUUGUCGGUUUCCUUCCUGUCAAACCAGUUAAAUUGAUGCGUUUGGUCUGCAGCCUGAAGGUUAUUCAUUCUACAUCAUCCACAGUGCCGCCAUGACCUUACAUAGACUGCUCCUGACCUACCUGUCGGCCUCUUUCUGAACAGGGAGAGGUCGACGAGGAGUUGCUGUUUAUCGGAAAAUGGGCCGUUGGGUUUUUGGCGAGAGGGGGGCGCGUAGGCGACCUGGGGGGGAGGAGGGUUAUCUCUGAAUCUGCCUUCGUCACUAUGAACCCUCUUUUGAUACAACAGGAAGGAGAUUGAGUGACAGGCUGUGCGAAAUAGGUAGACAUCCCCAAGGAUGAGCGCUUUACCACGACUUCUGACGGAGAGAUCAGUCCUUUAAGUUAAACAUCUAAGGGUUGAAGGAAAUAGAAAAAAAAAAAGUGGUUUUCAAAAACAGCAGAGGGAGAAGAGUUGUAAAGCGCAGAAAGAUGGAUGCCGUGAGACAUGUGCUGCCUCGUCUCCGGCUUACUGUGCCCGUGCCCAUGAAGACGGAGAAGGUAGGCUGAACAUUUGGGUACUUUAGCUCGUCCUGGGGAUGAGAAAAGCAACAUUUGGGAGGUUUGAUAUCAAUUUGCGUGAUGGGAAGUGUUGGCAAGUUUGUGAGAGGUAAUUAUUUAGCUGGCUGUACUUUUGUGUCUUCAUUUUUUUAAUGGGUGGAGUACAUUUAUAUGUACGCAAGUAUGUGUUAUAAAUAGGCGUUAAGUUCAUCACAGAACAGGUUAAUUGUAACAAUAGUGGGAGGGGGAGCCUCAGAUUGGCACGCAAUGUGUCUACGGGUACUUGUGUGUGUGCGCUCUUGUCUCUGUGUGUAUUUAAUAAGGUGUGUUUUGGAGCAGGUUAGUCAGGUGGAUGUACCGUCGUUGUGCAGAGCCCUCUGGGCACUGUGUGAACACUGUUAUUGGAUGGCCAGGGGGCUGCCAGUUUCUAUGGGAGGGAGAUGAAGGGCAGGGAGGGGGAAUCUGGAGGGUGGCAAUGUCUCCAGGAGAGGACGGUCUGAUUGGGAUCCCCUUCCCGGAGCACAGCAACGAGCUCUUGUCCCACCUAAAUGACCAGAGGAGGACAGGCCUUCUCUGUGACCUCACUCUGACAUCCCGCGGGGAGCGCUACCCAACUCACCGCUCUGUCAUGGCCGCCGUCAGUCUCUACUUCCGCGGGCUGUUCGGGACGGAGGAGGCGGGCGGCGACGGCGGAGGAGGUUUCAGCGUAUGCCAGCUCGACUGCGUGGCACCCAACGCCCUGGACGCCCUGCUGGAGUUUGCCUACACUGCCACUCUGACCAUCCCCAGCUCUGGGAUGAGAGAUGUGCUGCGAGGGGCUCAGCUUCUGGGCAUCAAGUGUGUGGCCGACGCGUGCAGAGAUAUCCUGGGGGAGAAGGCGGAGGUGGAGAUAACGGAGGAGCAGAGAGCCCAAAACACAGCUACUGAGAGGAUGGCGGGGGGAGAGAGUGGGGUGGAGAGAGGGUCUCGAAGAAAAAUGGACAAAAAGAAGAUGAAAAAAUGUACGUCACAUCACAUCAACUCCUCCGUUUUUAACCCACCACCUGCUUCUCCCGUCUCGCACCCUUCACCUUCGUCCGACAGCUUCCGCUCCCUGCCGUCUACCCAGCCUCCCAGCCCCGAACAGGAGGAGCUCCGCGUCAAAUCCAGGCAGAACGGAGAUCCCAGGGCGAUCCGAAAGCCAGGGAAAGGGGCGACACUAAAUGGAGGGCUCCUUAACUGGCUGCAUGAGCCCACCCAUAUAGCCCACCCACCUCUUGUCCCGCCCUCGAAUGACAAGCUGUCAGAGGAUGAGGACAUGGAGGCUUUCGGUGACGACGGUGUGCUGAUGGAAAGCACCUCCGUACCUACCUCUGCAGCUGACCGAGGAGCGGCGGCCUCGGCAGCGGGAGGUGGGAGAAAGAGGAAGUCUCAGACGCCCCAGCAGUGCCCGGUUUGUCAGAAGAUCAUCCACGGAGCAGGAAAACUGCCCCGACACAUGAGGACACACACUGGGGAAAAGCCCUUCCAGUGCUCGGCCUGCGGAGUCCGUUUCACCCGGAAUGAUAAGUUGAAGAUCCACAUGAGGAAACACACCGGCGAGCGUCCAUACCCCUGCCCUCACUGCCCUGCCCGCUUUCUCCACUCAUACGACCUAAAAAACCACCUGUCCCUCCACAGCGGGGCGAGGCCCUUUGAGUGCCUGCUCUGCCACAAGGCCUUUGCCCGAGAGGACCACCUCCAGCGUCACCGCAAGGGACACAGCUGCCUGGAGCUGCGCACUCGUCGGCCCAGACGUGGGGCAGAGCUUGGGGAGGAUGAUAGAGGAGAUGAAGGCGGGAUGGAGCAGUCCAACCCUCUGGAGGUCUUGUCUUUACAGGCCCACUCCUCCACGUUCUUCCCUCACACGCUGCUGGAUGGUGGGAGUGGAUCCGGUGUCGGCCCCCCGCUGAUGUUUCCAUGUGACGUCGAGAGGGAGCGAUCCCUCGCCCUUCGUUUGGCUCAACUUGGGCCUCACAGGCUAGCCGGCUAUCCGGAGUUCUUACUGCGAGGUCUGGAGCGUCGAGGGGGCCGAGAGGCGGAGGGAGAAGAUCCAGGAGGAACCCACUCACCGGCCGCGCAGCGUGACAGAUGGGCUGAUGAAAUUGGAGAAGAGGAAGUGGAGGAAGAGGAAUAGUAAAAAAGAGGGUGUGUGUGUGUGUGUGUGUGUGUGUGAAUAUGUGUGCGUGUCUGUGUGGUUGAGCAUCCACAGUAAAAAAUCUCACUCAGGUGGCUGGACUAAUGACCUGCUGCUCCCACAUAGAGCGCUUACAAAAUAAAAACAACUAAAUGAUAUUAAAAGAAAAAAAUGGAAAACGGGUUUUCUUAGAUAUUUUAAAUGUUUGUCUUCUGGCUCUUGGCAUUUUUAUUUCAUUUGUCUUUUAGAUUUUAUUUCUCGUUUGCUGUUUGAUUUCAUGUACUUCAGUUUUGAGCUGUUUGGUUUGAUUUUUCUAGCUGGACGUGCGUGUGUUGAGUGUGUGGGAACUGGGAUGCUUUUCUCUAUGCAAACUAAAAUCCAGAGCUGCAACAUGAAGGGACUUUUGAAGAUGUUAGAUUGUAGUUACAAUAUUAAAUGUAUUGAUUCAGGUGCAAUUCAGAAGUCAUAUCACCUAGAUCACAACAAUGAGUAUGUGUGCCCGCUGUCCUCUGGUGGUUAUCAGUGGAAACGCAGUGUAAUUAAU